GCAGAAAUAGAAUAACUGCCAUGAACCUUAACGAGUGGGAUCGCAAGAAGAUCUUCCGCCAUGCCACCCAUCAACCCCCGGCUACGCAACACCUGUACAGCCCGUACGGUCAACCGCACCAUCAUCAUCAACAUCAUCAGGGCGACGCGUCCGAGUAUGCAUUCACCGCUGGAUCACCGGUCGAAGACGGUAACAUCGAGUAUGAGCGCAAAGGGGGCUGUUUCGUGUCGAUCUGCCGCGGCAUCAGCAUUGCCGUGCUCAUAUUCGUGUUUAUCUUCUUCAUGGCGUUUACGAUAUUUUUCAGCACAAAGUAUGCAUACGAGCACAAACCGAAUCUGACGCUGGAAGAUUUUCUCAAUCACCGGGCGUAUUUAAUCGACAAGCGGGCCCGAAUUCCAAAGCACGUCAUACCGAAACAUUACCGUCUCUUUAUACAUCCAGUGUUUAACGAAACGGAUCAUCCGUUCAGCUACACCGGUAUCGUGUGGGUGACGGUGACUUCGAAAAAGCCCAACAAUAAGCGCAUCGAGCUGAACGUGAAGAAUCUCAAGAUACGGCUGGAGAACGUAACCGUGCUGAAGAGUAUCCGGCUUACGAACAACGACUUUGACGAGGACCUCGAUUGGGAUCUGAGCGAGGAAGAUUUGUACUCGCUGCCGCGGUUGAAUCGGCGUCGAAAGCGACGCCAAGCAGAGGAAGAAGAUGCACCGGUUCCGGUUACGCUGUUACCUACCGGGGGGCGUCCUGCACCAGCGGACUCACCUGACGAGUACGAAGGAGAGGAGAGGGACGAUGAAAUGGAGCGGCCGAACCAGAACGAUACGGCAACCGAUGAGCCGGUGCCGAAUACUAGCAGCAGUGUGGAGAAUGCUACAAUCAUCGAUAAAUCCAAAUUUUACCAUCAUCCAGUGUUUCCAGCAGAUGAUUUUGUCACCAUAAAAAUACUGGACAUCGAGUUCGACGAGUCAAACGAAAAGAUGAUCAUUUUCCUCGGCACGGAGAUGAAGAAAGACAUCUACUACAUUGUAAAGGUGAACUUUUUCGGCAACAUGACCAACGAUAAGGGACUGUACUAUACGCAUUACGAAGAUGAUGCACCCACGCACAGACACUUUGCAGCAACCGUACUGGAACCGAACAAUGCGCGCCGACUUUACCCCUGCAUGGACGAUCACAACUUUCGUUCACCGUUUGAGCUGAACAUUGCACGCAAGAGCAACAUGAACACCGCCUCUAGCAUGAACCUGGAAAUGUCCGAACCGAUGGAGACGGGUGACAUUGUGGUGGAUACGUACAAUACGACCGAUAUGGUGCGGGCAUCUGAGAUUGGGUUCGUCGUAACGGACAUGGUACCGGAGCGGUACCGCAUCACAAGCCGCGUGAGUUUGCUAGCAUUCACCCGGACACGGUACGACGAAAAUAUCAAGAACGCGACCAGCGUGUUUUCGCGCGUGCUGCAAAUUUACGAACAGUAUCUGGGCGUACCGUUUCCUUACGAGGUGAUCCGGUACGUAACGAUACCGAACAUUGACCAUACGACGUACGAGAUAAAGGAGGGUAUGGUGCUGUCGAGCGAGAAACGAUUGAUAAAGACGUUCGACUACUUUCCACCGCUGGACAAGAGCAUCAGCAGAGAGGUGGCGAAUGAGCUGGCGAAGCUGUUCAUCCACAAGCUGGCGGACUACAAGAACAAGGAAACGUACUGGCUGCAUGAAUCGAUACCGCUGUAUCUAGAGGCACUCGCAUUACGGAAUAUGACCACUACAAAUUCGACGACCCUGGACGACUUCCUGUUGGAGGGCCGGUUGCGUUCGAUGCGCGAGGAAAUGAACACCAAAACGUCCGCCCUCAACAUAUUCACCAAUCACUGGGAGGAGGAUACCCAUUUUGAGUUGGUGAAGUAUAAAGGAUUGAGUGUGUUGCGCAUGAUGAACUAUACGCUCGGGCAGCGAACGUUCGAUCACUUCAUACGGGAGUACUUCCGGUACCGGAUGGAGAGUGAAUCGAUCGAUGUGAUAGACAUCCUAAACAAUGAUGGGGAGGGUGUCAGUCGAACGGACAGUGUAUUCCAUAGCUUCCUUUACAGCUGGAGCAGCCUUGAGAAGUAUCCUAUCAUCAACAUUAAGCGCAACAAUGGGACGGGCUUUUUUGAACUUCGCCAGAUAGCGCUACCGUUCGAGGAAGAACCGGCGGAACAGCUGUGGACCGUGCCGGUUACGUUUAUAAACGACACCAACCAGCGGCUGUUUGUCGAGAAGGUACGCUGGCUGACGGAUGGUGAAAACUUGCUAACGGUCAAAUCGGACUGCAAGGCACCAAACAGCAGCACCUGGAUCAUUGUGAAUCCGAGCGGUAUAGGUUAUUAUCGAGUUAAUUAUGAACCGUCGCAUUGGGUAAAGUUGGCCCACGUGCUAAAUGGUAACUUCCACUAUCUGCCGUACACCACGCUGGCGAUCAUAGUGGACGAUGCGCUCAAUUUAGCUCGGUUAGGUUUGCUGAACUACUCGAUUGCGUUUAAUGUGGUGUCGUUUUUGAAGCAAAAUAACGAACAUUAUCAACCGUGGAAGCUUGCGCUUAGUAAUCUGGAGUUUGUGUACCACGCUACGGAGGAUCUACCCAGCUUCCGGCAUGUUGAGCGAUUCUUGGAGUAUCUCAUACUGGACAAAUAUGAGGAGAUUCAGCAAAGUAACGACACGACGCAUUACAAUCCCUUGAUCAAGGAACUUAUCGUCCAGUGGGCCUGCAAGCUCGGUGUUACAUCCUGCAUCGAACAGCACAAAGCACUGUUUAAAGCGAUCUUCUACAACCAAACAGUAUCGCCGUUCGAGCAACGCGAAGAACGGCUCCUGCGCAUACUCUGCACCACCAUCAAGUACAGUGGGCUGUCGGAAUGGAAAAGGGUCGAGCAGCAGUACCUCGAAACAACCGACAUCAACUAUCAGCGCAUUCUGAUCAAAAGUCUCGGCUGCACCAGAGAGAUCAGCAUGAUCAAGCGUUACCUAGGUUUGCUGAAGCAUCCACACUUCAGCAUGUACAGCAAAGAAAUUCUAACCUCCGUGAGCGAGAACAAAGUCGCACUAAAGUACACGCUAGACUUUCUCUUCAACGAGUGGAUCGAUGUGCGGCAGUAUUUGACACUGUACGACAUCUCCAUCAUGCUGCGCAGCAUCUCGAACCUGAACGAGUUUAAGAUGUACGAGCAAAUCUUUUUCCGCUACUCGUACACGUUCCAGACGAUGGAUAAAGAAAUUCUCAAACGUAUGCGGGACAUCAUCAUCAAGCUGAUGGUGUGGCGGACCGAGAUUGCGCCCGUGAUCAAGUUCGAGCCGUUCGAUUUUAGCAAGGAUGUUGCAAACCGGGACGGGAUGUACCUGUGA